CCCACCUGGGAAUUAAGCUGCAACGGUGUCCGACAAUUCUUAGUGCCGAUCGACGCCGCGACAACGCCAUGGAAGCAGGCGACUCCAAUUGCGAUCCCAACGACGAGAGCGCGAGCGUCGUCGUCGCCGCCGCCGCCGCCGCCGCCGCUCCUCCGGAUGCGGACGAGCGCGAGGCUCCCGAAUCUUCCAAUCCGGAGGACGACGACGACGCGGCGGCCGGCGGCCGGAGUUCCGGCGACGCGGUCGCCAGAGGAGUGUCGUCGGUUCUGGCCUCCGUCAUCAAAGACUUCGAUGCCCGAGCUCAGGGCACUCUCAAGAGCCAGGACCAUCUCUCCUCCUCCAUCGAUCGUCUUACGAGCGAGCUUGAUCGGUUACUGGAAGAUGCUCCCUCGCCAUUCAUCAUGCAACAUGCUGCCAGGAUCUCCAGCGUUAGAAAGAGAGUGUCAUCAAUGAAUGCGGUUUUAAGAUCUAUACAGCGGCGUUUGGACAACAUUGACCGUAUGCUAUCAACAGCCUCGCCCCCCAAGAAAACCACAGACGGAGGUUAACAAUUUUGAGAUUGCUGAUGCUUCUGAGCACUCUUUAGGGUCAGACAACAGGUAGGUAGAGCUGAAUGAACUUGUGCAUGGACAGCUUGAAGUUCGGAGGUCAAAUUUGCCUAUCUAAUACGGCAAGGUGAUUCAAAAGUUCAGAGAUUUCAGAAUCUCAAUGCCUUCACCAUGUACUUCAGAAAAGGUGCUUUCCAAGGUUGUUCAGCCUAAUUAUCAAGCAACAAACGUUCUUUUAGCUGAAAUAUUUCUACGCCUUCAGAGCUCCUGCAUGCUGCAAAUCCAUGCGGGUUCUGUUUGGACGAGUGGCAGAUCAAUAGAGUUAUGACAAGCUGGUAGACUCAGUCUAGCUGUUGGUGACAAUCCUGCUAGUUGUCUCCGUUUUUUUCGGAACCAAUCCUGCAAAGAUUGACACAGUUACACUUUUUGCAGCAAGAAUGGAAUAAUCGAUUGAAUGUGCAUUCUUUAGUUGUCUGCCUAGCAUUCAACACGGUCUUGAGAAUGUCCGAGACAAAGUAAUGAAUUUUCUCUGUUCCAAUGGGUUUAGUCUAUUUUUCUAGAGCAUAUAUUGAUCGCGACAUCAUAAUGGCUUAAA